AUGACAACGACGACCGCGACGACGACCGCAGAUUCGGUCGAGAAGACAAAUGGUGAAUUUGUUUUGAAAUCAAAAUGAAAUUUGGAAUUGCAGAACUUCACCUGAAAAUUGGCGAAGAAGAGAAGGAUGAUUUUACUUUGGAAAUUGAAAAGCUCCAGGUUUGUUUUCUUUCGUCCAUCAAACUGGUUGGAAUCUCCUCGAGUUGGGCCCACUUCUUCUCUUCUUUCCCUACUCCUUUCUUUUGUUUAUUCGAGAAAAAGGGAUUAGUGGGCGAGGAGUAGCCCUCUUCUCUUCCCACUUCGGACCUUCCAUUCCAAGUUUUGCAGGCCACUCUUCAGGAAAUGCUCGAUUGUACGAGCAGCCCGAGCACCUCUCUCGAUUCCACCGACAAACGUGAGUUUAUCUUCCUUAGAUUUUUCUGAAAAUUGACAUUACAGCAUCCGGUCUGGCGGCACGUCGCCUAAUCCGAAUCGCCAGCGAGCAUCAUCAUCUGUCAACGACCUCUUCCUGCCACUCGGAUUCUGGCAACUCUUCCUCUCGGGAUGUGAUCACUCCUUUCACAGUUCACGGCGGAGCAUCCAUCGGACGGCUCAUUCUCAUCGACAUCGUUCGACGGGAUGACCUCAUCGGAAUAGUCAAUCCCAAUGAUAUUCUGCUUACUGUAGAGAAUAUGUGAGAAAUGGUUAUUCGCAGAACUUCUUUUUAUUUAAGGUUAUUUUCAGAAAAGUGUCUGGAAUGGUUCGUACAGAAGUGAACAAGAUUCUCGAAGACAUGAUGAGAGAGCACGAUCAGGUCGCCAUCGAAAUUCUUCCAGCGGGUACUUUCUCAUGUUCUUUUAUUAAUUAAAAUAAAACCAAAUUUUUCUCAAGGCGCCAUCACUGACGACAUCUGCGAGUUGCUGGCCGACCGCAAGUCUUCAGGAGAACUGCAGACAGUCAUCCGGGAAAAUCUCUAUCAAAAAACAGUUCCAUGUGAGUCCGAGGUCUUCAGAAGUAUCCGUUUCCCCCCGAAACUCCCAUUCAAUUGUUUUGAUGGGCACCCGCAGCUGCCCCCAAGAGAGAAAGAGAAGGCGGUGAGAGAGUGUGAGAUCACGAAAGACCCAGACAUCCGGGCCAUUGAAUUCGGUGAUUUAGGAGCUAGGAAUCAAGGGAAGGGAGGGGACAGCGGGCCACCAGAAAAGUGCCAAAAUGUUCGACUCUCUGCCGAGAUAUUCUCUCAAACCGGCCUUCCUUUCCAAGCGCUCCUCCCUUCCUGUGAUUGAUCUAAAAGAUUGUUACGGAGAAAAAAGUUGUGCAUUUUUUUUGCUAUCAAAAUUCAUAAAAAUUUCUCAGAUACGACACGGCCGCCGAGAGAAGGCGAAGUGGACGGCGAACACUACCGAUUCGUGUCUGUCGACGAAUUCAACAAACUUUUGGAUGGCGGCGAUUUGUUGGAGAAUGGCACCUAUCAAGGUAUGUUCCUUUUCCGUCCUCUCCCGAGCAAACAAUAGUUGUGGCACUGAACCGUGACAUUCUUCGACUGUUUUUGAUGUCCUUUUUCUAAGAUCUGCGUCAGGAGACUUACCUUGCUUUGCUCUGAAGCUGCUCCGAGAAAUAUCGUCAUAAAAGGUCGUUAUUUUAUCAUUUUAACGACCGCUUUCCCCUCGUGAAAAGUGCCGUUUUUACAACCUCCGAUUCCCCGCAAAAGACCCCAGCUGGCACUCGCCCACCUGCGGCCGAAACCCUCCCAUUUCCCUUUUCGGAACCUUACCGGCAGCUCCAACAGACCGUCCUGUCCCUGUUCUCUCUCUAAUCUCGAUGCUCUCUCACUUCUGCCCACCUCUUCCACUUGCGCAAUCUUCGUGUCCUCAAAAAGAAGGCUCUAGUCGGCGUCUCCGUCAUCCGACCGCUCUCUCGCGCUCUCCGACCGUCCUCACUGUCCAUUCGCUUCCGCACACCUGACACAAAGGUACAUUUUGGCCCUUAUUCCGAGGGUAGAUUACACACAUUCCGCCUACUCAAGUGGCAAACGCCGCCAAAUUUGAAAUUCCCCUCUCUCAGAUCAUUUUUCAUCCGUAUGCCGGGCGGCUUGUGACCAGAAGUAGCCAUGAAUCAUGCUCACUUGUCGACGAAAACUGACAAGUGCACAUUUAGGCAGGCAACAACGAAUUUUUGUGCCAAGUAGACAGCUCCUCCAUUGUUUCGGCUCGUAUCGACACUUCUCGACACUUCUCCUCCCAUUCAUGGGGACACGAGAUGCGAUUCGAUUCGAUUUCGUUAAUUCAAUCCCAUCUCUUCGGUUGCUUCUUCCACUUCUUCUCUUCUCCAUUCUUACUUUUUCGCCCUCUCACUGGUCUCUUUUACUUUCUCUUUUGAUCCUCACUUGAACUCAAUUCCCGAGCGAACAAGAAGAAGAAGAAUAAGAAAAAGAGGAAGCUACAAGAAGCAAUCAUCGCUCCGAAUAUGAAUCUUCGCUCGCUCAGUUUCUUCCUCUUUUUUUCCAUCGCCGAUGUCCUUGCCCAAAACAAUGCCAUUUUUCGGUCAAGUACCCCGAACCAGUACCUGUUUCGUGUAACUACCGGAAAAUGAUCGCAAAAAGGGCAUAAUGAUGAUGGUUAUUGUGUAGGUUUCAUGCCCUGCUCCGCUAAACAUGGCUUCUUGUGCUCCAAAGUAUCCAGAAAUCCUUUGUUCCCGUCACGUUUCUCCGCUACUCCUCCUCGUGGUCAUCUGUCUGUUUUUAUUUUUCUCUUUUUCCUUUUACGUUUUCCCAUCACGCAUCAACUUUCGCUUCUUUGCACCCUCAUGCCAAUCAGGCCAAAAACAGUUGCAAAAUCGUCCCGCAAUCGCAUCUUCUGAUAAGAAUUCUGAGUGUCUGCGUAUCUUCGUCCUCCGUUAUCUCUCGCUUUUCUACCAACUUUUACUUUUCUGCCGUGAAGAGGUGCGAGCAGUCAGUCAUUUUCAUUUUCAUCUUCUCCUCUUUGGUCCGCUGUUGCCGCCCCCAAAAAGUGAAAGGCAGUCUUUCUCUCAUUUUGUGACCAGAAAGUUCGGGUUUUCAAAAUGAAGUUACGGGAAGAGACUAGUGUCUGCGUCUGACAGAUAACCUCUGCUAUCUCACUGCGAAAAAAUGAAGAAAGCGCCGCCUUUUUGACUAUUCUGGAAUGAGAAACAAAACAGAAUACGAAGAAAACGAAGAAGAAGAAGAAGGCGUUGUUCUUCUCUUCAGCAAGUCGUUCUCGCCACCUCUGAAGUUCAUGCUAGCUGUUCGGAUAAUCGUCCUCAUCAUCAUCACCUGGGAACAAAUCGACAGCAACUAUUCGCAAGAACUGUAAUUAUUCGAAACGAUUCUGAAUUGAAUUGCAAAGAGACACAGCCAUGCAGCGUGUCCGUCGCUUAUUGUUAGCCGCCAAAUUGCGACGAACGAGGUCCGAGGACGUGCCGACGGCGAAAGGCAAACCGAUGAAAGGUAAAUGCGAUCGGGUGAGCGGAAGGAUGUCAACCCCGAUUAAUACAAGCGAUUAAGCGUUUUUGAAGUCUGCUUGUGUCAACUGAACGAACGAGUACUGUAGACAAAUUAGGUUAUUGCCAUUUGAAAAAGAACAAAGGUUAUGCAAGUCAAUUGGGAUGCUAAUCGCGUCGUCCUUUGAAUGAAUUCAUAAUUCGAAGUGUACGAUAGUAGUAACUCUCUAUCUUUGUGCACUGAGUUCUGACCGUUGUGCGCUGUCAAAGCGUUUAUUCACUUGCAGCCUUAGGGUAAGAGUUUUGUUUAUUUCUGGGCAAUCCUUUGACUCCUCCUCAUUCACUAGAUAGUAUUAGACAUGCACUUUCCGGGCAUGCUCGGCUAGCACAACUUCUUUUUUUUCGCAUCUCUUUCUUUUAUCAAUGACUCCUCUGAAAAGCGGAACAAUGGCGAAUGGGAUAGAGAGAGACAAUCCGAUGCUAACUAGAUUCCGGUGCCAUUCGGCCGUUCCCCUUCUCACUUUUUCGUUUCGGCCGGCCGUUUCCCAUGUCUCCUACAUUACAAAUUGCUUUUCCGUCUUCUUCUUCUUUUCCUUCGUUUUCCUUGUCAUCAUCGGAAUGAAACAUCAGAGAAAGAGAGUCUAUUCCGCGUCCUUCUCACUCUCUAAAUCGCUUCCGGAACGGCCGUAUCCACACAUUACAGUAAAUGAGCGAAUGAGUGGUCGGUCUGUCGGACAUUCCCUCCGUCUUUCUCUUCUCAUCACGUCUCCACGUAUCCUUCGCCCCGGGCGACGUUCGUCCGUUCAGCCGAGCGUGUGUUGUUGUGUUUGUCCGACGACAAAACUUCGGGUCGAAUUCUGUGUGUAUCGUCGGCGUCGUCGUCGCCAUACUGAUCGCUAUCUGACCGUGUCCGACAACGAACAAAUCGCCAGUAGAGACCUGGAUUUGCAACCUAUCCCUCUUUUCCUACUACUUCUGAUGCUGAGCAAACGUUUCCCUAACUUGAGGACCCUGCCGAUGUCCCCCAAAUGGUCUACUUAUAAUCACGCGUCCAUCCGUACCCUUCUGAGCAAACAUGGCCGUCACCGUUGGCACAUGUCCGAAUGAGAAAUUGGUGUAAUCUAUAUGCGUGAGGCACUUUCGAGGCUUGUUGCGACCUCUCUGUUGCACCCCCUUCACCGCCGCCGCCGCCCCUGCCUCAUCCCUGUAUUAUUCACACCUCUGCUCUCUUUCUGAUGAAUUGUUUGCAUUGUCCGUCCCUCCGCGCUUCUCCGCAUAUUGAUACCUUGUUCGAGCUCUCCGCGGGCGGCCGCCUAUUCUUUUCCACCUCUCAUCUUGUAAACCAUUCCGGAGCGGCACACGGAUUAUACCGUACUCUCGAGCAUCACGCACAGAUCUGCUCAUGUGCCGGGCUUGUGUGAAAAAUAAUCAGCGCUCUAAAGUACCGUAAUGUGGUACUGCAUUUUUUCACAGCCUCCAAAAAUUCGUAGUUCACGUAUCAAAUUAGUAUAGAGAAGCGAUGACCAAUAACUUUCGAGCUCAGCACUUUUAGGCUAUUAAAAUUCAAGCCACCGCGAUUAUCAGUCGACGUUUAUCAGUUAUGAGGGUCAUCGACCACACAGAAAUACUAUAGAUUCCUUGUUAUCAGUGUGCUAUUCGUCUCUCUUUCUUUCCUUCUCUGUCCGUCAUUCUCUCUUUCUCCUCUUCCUCUCACUUUCCUACCAAUAGUCAAAUAUCGACAGAGAAAACGAAGCGACGCCAACUCACACGUUCCCACGGCAAACGGCCAUCGGCCGCCCUUUCGGUGCCCUCUCACCUUUGCCUCGUUUCCCUUUAAAACCGUACGCUCUCCCUCAGUCGGCCCGAUCUUCUUCUCAUGUGUCACUCGGCAUGACCACCAUCUCCCUCGUCCUUUCCCUCUUUUUUCCUAUUCUCAGUGUCUGUCUUUAUUGUUUUUGACUCAUCCUCAUAAGUGCCGCCCAUUUCUUCUUCUUCUUUAGUCGAUGACGACGACAAUGUCUAAAAACAGCAGACUGUCACACGUUUUGCCCCUUUUAACCUGCCAGCGUCGCCACGAACAAGUUCCAUCUUAUUUCAGGUCAUUUGUACGGAACACCUCGUCCGGUCGAGUGUUAUGCAGAGGAAGAGAUGAUGCUGAUGGGCUCUGAAGGACUAUUGCCGCCCAAUUGGGAGACGGCUUACACCGAGAACGGAGACAAGUAUUUCAUUGAGUAAGCUUUUAUCUCGUGAGUCAAAGUUCAUAGAAAUACUGGAAAUUUCAGUCACAACACUGGCACGACGACAUGGGAUGAUCCGAGAGAACUGCCGCCCGGCUGGGAGCAAGUCGAAGAUCAGAACUACGGAACGUUUUAUGUCGAGUGAGUUGAAAGAAGCUCUCAAAAACAAAUUAGCAGUUCUCACACACUUUGUCUGAUGAAGCCCUUGUGCGAAAAGUUCAAUUUUCUUUCAAAAUAUGCUCAAAGAUCACUUUGUGCUCAGAAAGAUAGAGUUUUUCUACUUCUAGUUGUAUAUGAAGCUAUCCGCCCCGAAAUUGAGACCCCUAUCGUUGACGAGUCGCCUACUUCUCCUUUAUGCGGGCAGAAUCUCCGAAUCAAAUCUGCAACUGCUACCCGUCAUUUUCGCCAUCAUUCCGACUGCUCAACGCGCUCGGGUCAAAUUUCUGUGCAGAAGUCCGUCGCGGCGACGCCUUCGUGCCUCGAAAUCUCGCCAUCGUCUUCUGCUUCUUUUCGGCUGCUUCUUCUUCUUCUUGCUAUCCCAAAUUGGGUUAUCUCCUGACAUCGUCUCUUCUGCUCCGCCCUCGUGCUCUCCACCACCUCAUCACAAUGCACAAUGCUCGUUCCGAAUGGAAAUCUUCUUCGAAUCUCUGCGUCUCUUCGGCUCUUCGCACCCUCUUCGGGAGUGUCGCGCCUUUUGUUACUUAUCUGAUUCGAGAACACUUCCAGUUGUCGCCGUCGUCCUAUUUUGCUUUCUUUUCGUGGGAAUUUCACUAGUUUCGGCUUGUCAUAUGCACCUCUUCCUGCCUGAGAGAGUGUGUACAUAUCCGAUGGAUGCAUAUCCAUUCCCAUGUCCACUCGCUUUUCUCCUUUCCUCGUUUUCCUUCUCCAUUUUUCUAUAAUCAUCAUCAUCCACGGCCAGACCCAGUGUCGUUUUAUCCCCCUACGAAUUUGGAGCUCUGCUCUCAAGGACUCCACCCACACCGCUUCUCAAGUCUCUCGUCUCUGCGUCUCCACACGAGGGAUCACUCUCUCCUCAUGGGACCUUCUCUGGAACAUUUUCCCUUCGUUUCUCUUAUCCGACGGAGAAAAGUCUGCCAUCAUCAUUCAUUUAUUAUUAUUUUCUCUCUUUCCAACUUUACUUUUCAAUCUCGACCUACUUCCGUACCCAUCUGCUGUAGUCUCCUAUUCGUUCACAGGAUGAUGUCCUCAUCCUAUCCGACGGGAUCCGAUCUCAUCUCGUCGGUUAUCUACUUUGCUCCUUCGACCAGUUCGAGCACAGUCUUCAAUACUCCCGCUUCUCGAUACUCGACGGGCACACAGACCACCGUUGGCGGCGGUAGUUCUCGGCACAAGGGCUUCGUUUCAUUUCGGUCUCGCGAACAAGACGACGAGCCGGAAGAGGACAGCGAAGAGGGUGCUCCGUUGCUCAAGGCAACUGUUCAGAAGGCUUCUUCGUCUAGAAAGUAUGAAGAAACUUAUAGAUAGAAUGAACGUUCAUAUUCCCUCUUUAUUUAACUCUGCCCUUUUCAGUCACGUCAACCGAAAAACACAAUAUGAACGGCCGUACGGAUUCGGCGGAUCAACGGCUACAAUAGACCAGCCUGUCAAGUACGGAACGCUUCCCUCCUCGGCCAAUCAUAAUCACAACAUGUACUCCCAUUACAAUGUAUGAUUUAUCUUCCUUUUCUCCUUCUGACUCGUCUUCUUUUUCAGAGUGGAACCCUCAAAUCAUCGUCUUCUCCGCGAGACUCUGGCUUCGACAGUUCACCGACUCGAUAUCGAAAGUUCGGAGAUCCUCCGGAAACGGCCGCCUCCUCGGCAGACAAUGACAACUAUUCGAGAAUGUUCAAUCGGUCCUCCAAUCCGAUGUUCACAACGGAUCCGUCUCGAUUGGGUGGAGAACUCAUUUCGACGAAAAUUGUGAAAGGAGCCAAAGGACUCGGUUUCACGCUGAUCGGCAACGAUGCUUCGAGUCGAGGCGACGAAUUCAUUCAGGUAAGAGAGUGUUUCCAGCAUUCAAAACGAGUCAAGAACGAGCUGACUUUUCACGAAUUUUCUAAGCGAAACGAAUGAAAACGAGUCCCCUAGGAGUCCUUUUCGCUGCUCCGCUCUUUCCUUUUUUAUGUUCAAAGUCCUGCCCGCGAGAAUCGUUCGUUUUUAGUAUUCUUGUGUUUUUGCGGUUCUCGUUUCUCUCUUGUCGAAUUUGCAUUCCAACCCCUUUCCCUUUUUCUCUCUUUUUCUGAUGACGCAUUUGAAAUUUGGAAAAAAACCCACGAGAGGGAAUGAAUGAAUGUGUUUUUGUGAAGGAGCCAGUGGCGGGUGUUACUCGCCCUGCACAUUCCCAUUACAUUCCAUUUCCCAAUUGGCGAGCAGAAAGCGAAAGAAUCGGGCCAUUGCUUGCUCCGAGCGCCAGAGGAUAUGCGGAUGAGUGGAGACGGGAAAGAAAUGAAGGGACUGGUGGGAAACGGCGGAAAUUAAGAGUACGUGAGAAAUUGGAAGUGAAACCCACGUCAUAAGAACCGCAGAAUCAAAUUUUGUGUACCUUCAGGUCAAAUCAGUGCUAACGGGAGGUCCCGCAGCUGCCAACGGUGUGCUCAGAAGCGGUGAUAUUCUCGUGCGAGUUAACGGACGUCUCCUGCUCGGAGCUACACAGAAAGAAGCCUGCGACGUCUUCGUCAACAUCCCAGUCGGUGAAGCUGUCGAUAUCCAAGUUUGUCGAGGAUAUGAACUUUUCAUUGAUCCUGCAAACAGGGUAAGAGAAUACGAAAAAAGAUGCAUUGUGAAAGUGAUUGAUUUCAGAUAGUGACAGAGAAUGUGUACGCGGCUGCCAAGAGCAGAGAUCUUUACGAGAUUGACAUAUUCAAAGGGCCCGAAGGCUUUGGAUUCACAAUAGCCGACAGUGUGAACGGACAGCGAGUCAAGAAGAUUCUGUUUCCGUCACAGUGCCCGAAUCUGAUGGAAGGAGAUACGAUUGUUGAGCUGGAUGGACGGAAUGUCCGACCGAUUCCACACACGCAACUUGUCGACAUGCUCCGUGAACGACCGAUAGGAUACCGGGGAAAGCUCGUCGUUCGAAGGGAAUCCCCAAAGUCUCGGUCCCGAACUCCUUCCGCCGCCUUCCGAUACGGAGAACCACAAGUAGUGGCUACUGAUUCUGCGUCUUCCAUUCCUGGAGCGGGAAGAUCAAAGACACCGGCAGGUCGACAAGCAUCUCGAACAGAAGAGGAGCAGAACGUGAGGAACACACUGCAAAGGCAGCCAGCAGUCACUUCCGAGUGGGAGGCCAUGAACGGCGCGUCGAUCGGACGGAUGAGACCGUCCUCUACGACACUCGGAUUCGCCACUCCCAACUACAUUCCACUCAGUCAGUACACUCAGAAAUCGUCCGAUCUUAUCACCGUUUCGCUCAUUCGCAAACCAAUUGGAUUCGGAUUCCGACUGCUCGGAGGCGUCGAGUCGAAAACGCCGCUGUCCGUCGGGCAGAUUGUGAUCGGAGGAGCAGCCGAAGAGGACGGCCGACUCAAUGAAGGAGAUGAGAUUGUGGAGAUUGACGGACACAACGUGGAAGGAGCGUCGCACUCCGAAGCCGUCGUUCUUCUGGAAGCUGCUGCUCAGAAUAAGCACGUCAAACUUGUGGUCAGACGAUCGUCACGGAUCGAUGCGGCGAGAAGAGGAUCUCUGAACUCAACUGGCGCCAUUCCUUCGUAUGAUGUUCUUCUCCAUCGGAACGAGAAAGAUGGGUUCGGAUUCGUGCUCAUGUCCUCGCAUCAUAAAAACGGAUCGACUAUCGGACAGAUUCAGCUUGGAUCGCCAGCUGCGAGAUGCGGAAGACUGGCUGUUGGAGACCGUGUGAUUGCAGUCAACGGCGUGGACAUUCUGAAUCUGGCUCAUCCUGACAUCAUCGCCCUGAUCAAGGACUCAGGUCUUUCCGUUCGACUCACAAUCGCUCCUGCGGACACUGCCGGCCCAGUUCUUCCCAUGGUUUCGGCCACUCUGGGUCGCAAUUUCACCAUGAAUGGGGCAGCGCAUUACGAAUCCAACUACGGUCUCCCGCCGCCACCUCCAUCCGUCUACGAGAAGCAACAACCACCGACGUAUCUUCCGUUCGACGCACUCUCCAUCAACGAUCGGAUGCCAAUGGUAGGUGUACUCGAAUGCGCACAGCACGGUCCAACAUGCGCAGAAAUUUGAGCUCAAAUUACUGUGCAUUUCGAACCGUUCGUACCACCUACUUCAGUAGUUGUCACUAGUGUCCAUUUGGUUUUCCGCACCGAAUAAUUGUCCCAAUGUCCCAAUGUCUCAUGUCCCAAAUAUCCUGAGUUUUCCGUGUUUUGUGUCGUCAGAUGGAUAAAUGUGGUGGCACUAGUCAAGAGUCGCUCGUCGCUCACCUCCGCAGCCUUUCCGUCAUUGACACCUAUUCGGAGGAGUUAGAGUUCAUCGACAUGGAAACGCAGCUAAGGUUCGUUUUGUCUAUCUCUAUCUGCUCACUUUCUCUUCUCUUGUGUGUUCUGCAUGUGUGUGUUCACAUUGGUGGCGGUGUUCCUUUUCCAAUUUAUGAGAAUCGAAACUCAUUUAAAUUAGUUUCAGAACGGAAAUUUGAUCGACGUAACAUUGGAACGUGGCAACAAAGGAUUCGGGUUCUCGAUUCGCGGCGGGCAAGAGUUCGGAGCAAUGCCGUUAUUUGUGCUCCGAAUUGCAGACGAUGGACCCGCCAAGGCCGACGGAAGACUUCAGGUAUUUAAUCAUUCUGAACUUCUCAUAAAUGCUCAUUUUCAGGUCGGCGAUCAACUGACAACCAUCAACGGCCAAUCGACAAAGGGAAUGAGCCAUGACGACGCAAUUCGGAUAAUCAAGCAGCAACCAAUCGUUAACUUGACAGUGCUCCGCAACCGCUUGCCUUAG